AUGUCUCUUGACGACAAAGUGGACAUCCAGCAUUAUGACCAGGAGCUGGCCCUUCAAGACAGCCCCAAUGAAGCAGACGACCUAGAAUAUGUCGAAGGCACGCCUGAGGAGAAGAAGCUACUCAGGAAGAUCGACGUGCGGUUGAUCCCAAUCCUCUGGGCCAUGUAUAUCUUCAAUUACCUCGACCGAACCAACAUCGGCAAUGCUAAAGUCGGUGGGAUGGAAAAGGACCUCAGCCUGAGCUCCUCGGACUACUCUCUAGUUCUCUCCAUCUUCUUUGUUGCCUAUUUGUUGUUCGAACCUCCUGCCGUGAUGAUUUUGGCUAGAACGAAGCCAAGUAUCUUUUUACCGUCCAUCAUGAUUGCGUGGGGCGCUGUUUCGGUUGCUAUAAAGGGCAUCGACAGUCUUGGAGGUUUGGUGGCCUUUCGCAUUGCCCUUGGCUUACUCGAGGCCGGUUUCUUUCCUGGUGUGAUGCUUGUCCUGUCCUGUUGGUAUAAGCCAUCGGAGCUGUCUAAACGCAUUGCGAUAUUUUAUACUGGCACGAUAUUGGCUGGUGCUUUCGGUGGCCUCCUUGCUGGCGGCAUUAUUGACGGAAUGGAAGGUGUUGGAGGUGUACGCGGUUGGAAAUGGCUGUUCAUUAUCGAGGGUUUGGGAACGGUCGCUAUUGGUGUCAUUGCAUUUUUCCUUCUUCCAGAUUAUCCCACCAACACCAAGUGGCUUUCUGCGCAGGAGAGGAAGCUAGCUACCACUCGCUUGAUCAUUCGAGAGGAUCUGGACAGCAAGAUGCCCUACAAGAAAGCCUUGAUCUUGUCCAUUAAGGAUUGGAAGAUGUGGCUAUUCAUGGUCUCGCUCAACACCAUCUUAGCUUCUGGGACGGUGUCGUACUUCUUCCCGACCCUCAUGGGAGCAUUGGGCUACAAGGGUCGAAUGGUACAAUUCAUGACCGUCCCGAUCUACGCUGUCACCUUUGUUAUCACCGUGGCCACGGGGUUUUCGGCCGACCACACUAGACAGAAGGCAUAUCACGUUGUUGGUUGCUCCGUGCUUGCAAUUGUCUCGUUCAUCAUCUGCGCGGCGAGCACUCAUUUCUCUGUCCGAUAUGCCUUCAUCUGCUUUGGAUUUGCCGGGGUACAGGCGUGUGUACCCUUGUUGAUCAGUUGGGAAGUCACCAUGUUUCCUGGGCGAGAACGUCGUGCUGUCUCAGUCCCCAUCAUCAAUGGGUUUGGUAACCUGGCUUCUGUCUAUGGUUCCUUCAUCUGGCCUGCAGAAGAUGCUCCUCGAUACAUUAUGGGUUUUGCCGUCAUGACCAGCUUUAUGUUUAUUGCAGGUGCUCUUGCUUUCGUGAUCAAGAAGAUCUGGGACGACAAAGGUCUGGAGAGAAUCGACUAUGAUGCUCAGGAUAAUGAUCAGAAAUAA